AUGGACCCCCACCAACAUAAUCAACAGAAUAUCCUAAGAAUUGGCAAUGCUCCGUCUUCUAUCAAUUCCCAGAGUGUGGGCGUGUACUACGAUCCAUAUGAAGGGGAUGUAUACGAGGAGUACAUGGAAAAUCGCUCGAUGGGAUCAUUCACCGGCGAGUCCUAUCAGGGCGGGCUAGAAGUAGCUUCGGCAGAUUUAGGUGCAUCCAUGGCAUCACUCGGCCUCAACCGGACAAAUCAGUUCGGCUCCAUGUCCGGUCGCCUUGCUACGCUCGGCCGCGUCCAAACCGUCGAAAAGUUCAAGGACCUAUCGCUUCCCGCCAUUGUCGAGCUUCUUGAAAACGGGGACGACAGUAUAGCCACCAAUGCCGCUGCAUACCUCCAACACCUGACCUACAACAAUCCCGAAAACAAACAUUUAGUUCGAGAAGCUGGAGCAAUUGAAGUUCUCAUAAGCGUGCUAGAAGAUAGAAACUCGUCUGAUAAACUGCUGGAGCAUGCAGCAGGAGCUCUGAGAAAUUCGUCUUACGGAUGUAAUGAGAACAAGAUUAGUAUCAAGAAUUUUGAAGGCAUUUCUGCGCUUCUCAAGGUUCUCCGGCAACGAAGAGACGUUCCAAUGAUAAGAGUGCAUGUAACUGGAACAUUGUGGAAUCUCUCAUCACACCACUCUCUGAAACAACCGCUCCUAGACCAAGUCAUCAACGACGUUGUUCAAAUCGUCCUGGCUCCAUACGCUGCCGAACUCCGCCACAACGGUCUUCACUCUGCCUACAGCCGCCAAAGUGGGCUACUUCAGAGCUUUGUGAAUUGUUCCGGUCUCGUGCGAAACCUUUCGUCGCAUUCUGACGCCGCCCGACGUCGCCUGCGCGAUGCUGAUGGACUCAUAGCUUCAAUCGGAAUUGUACAGAAUCUAACGUCCGAAAACUAUUAUUCCUCUGCUUAUCUGCGCGCUCACUUUCGUAAGGAAAAAGGGCUGCCUCUCCUUGUCGAGAAGAUCGCCGAUGAAAGUAGAACGAUCUCCAACACGGCGAUCAUCUCCUUGCGAAACCUAGCCGUCGAUCUGAAGAAUAAGGAGCUCAUUGGCAAAUACGGAAUGGGUGAAGUCUGCGCAAACAUUCCCGACGCCAAGCAGGCCUCUGUUGAUGACAAAAUCGGAUUAGCAGCGUUAUUCUUGGCAAAAACGCUGGUAGAAUACCACUCGGAGAAUGCUCAGAAAUUCAUCGAACAUCAGGGCGUACUCAAAGUCAGCGCGAUCAAUGAGUCCAAGCAUUAUUCGGACAAAAUGCGCAAAGUUGCCGGCCAGGUGCUGUCAGCUUUGUGGCAAAUCAAGCAACUGAGAAAAUCGUACAAAAAUGAUCUUGGUCUCAAGAAAUCACAUUUUCAGCCGCAAGUUCUCCACGAUGGAGAAACGAUCAGACCCCAGCGGGCUAAAAAUGGCGACUCUUGGGUCUGA